AUGGACCAUGAUGAGAAAAACGGGCUUAGGGGAUUUUGGGCAAUCAAGCGAAGAGGUUGUCAGUGUUUGAUAUCUAUUCGAAUAAUUUGGUACAACUUUGAGGGCCUGGCAGAAAGGGAGCAAACCGUCACAGAAAUUCAGCGUUAUGGCCAAAAUGUACCAGAAAUUCACUUGAUGCCGCAUGCGCUCAGAAAUAGGCGUGCACAGUUUGCUCAGGUAACACUCGUUAAAUCAAGAAAACUACGCGUGAAGGCAAUGCCUGAUAUCUGCAAGCAUGGGAAUCAGAGCCUAGGAGCUUUUAUCGGUGAAGCGGCAGUGUACGUGCUUCUAGGGCACACUGGGACUGGAAAUGAGUGA